UUUGAAUUCGUCGCGAUGUUUCCGAUUAACGCCGUGAUCCUGGGCAUUAUGGUUAUUUCCGUACUGGCCCAGGAUGCAAGUGGAACGUGUGCACUGAGCAUCGGUGUUCCGGCUCCGCUUGUUAUUUUGCCAACAUAUAAGGGUGAAAAGGGCCACACCUUUCACCUUUCAUGCUCGAGUGGAUUUUCCAUGGACUACCAUAUUGAUAAUUACGGCGGCCAGUCAUCGCAGACAGUUGACGCGACUGAACUUACAUUAACCUGCGACAGUGAUCAGAGGUUUACGUUUAUCUAUAACGAUAGAAAACAUAAUAUAAUUAGUGUUCAGUGUCUGGAGGACGGCCCUAAGUUGUUUGAGAGCAUGACCAAAUUGCCAAAUUGCACGGACAUGACCCUGGUUUUAGGGAAAAAAUUCGAUGGCAAGGGCUUAAUUAAAGAUUCGGCAUUGUGCUACGAUUUGGCCGCAUCUCAAUUGAAAUAUAUUGGUUAUACCACAAGUUUCCAUAAUAUCCGGAUCGUCUCAGAGAUCCAAUUGGGACAACUUAACAAUAUCGGACUUGAUAUUCCUAUCAGAUACCAAAAAUAUCUAUUCGAGACCAUCAGGAAGAGUGAACUUGCUGCGUACUUGGCGAAGGAGAAGCAGUUUUUCACGGAGAACACUUUUCAGGUUGGCAGUUUGGUCCAGGAUGAGCUGGUUAGUAGGCACUUGGUUGGCUACGAGAACUUGAUGAGCACCGUCUGGUUGGAGGUUCUGCGUUCCGGCAACUGGAAGCACUGGACGAAGGCAAUGCAUGAUGCCAUCGGUGUCCACUUCGACAUUCGUUUGGGUGUCUCCGGUACCGUGAAGCUGCCGACGUCCACCGGACAAUCAUGCAACGCAAGCCGAUCGUUGAAAAUUGAACUGCUGAGCGGCAAAUCCCUGCCCAUUCCCGCCCACAUUUGGGCCCAUGUGCAAGCUGUGGAGAAGACCGGUACCGGACAGGAUGAGUUCGUCAUCAUUGGCCACAACUCGCCCUUCUAUCGCAGUGACUUAAGCAAUCUGUGCCCCUCGAUGUGCAACCAGGUGUCCUGGCAGAGGAACACCCUCUUCGCCAGACUCCUCGAGUUUCCCGCCUUUGGACUGGUGCAGUGCUGCCGUGUGGAGGAUGUGGCCCACAAACUGGACAAUUUUCCCGGUCCCUUCGAGAAUGCAAAUAUGAAUGUCAGCAGGACAACCGAGGCUACAACGACACCAACAGUGGAUCUCGCUUAUGAGAGCUUUAUAUAAACAAUAGCUUGGUUUAACAUUCUAAAAAGAAACAUGGACACAUUUAGGGUGAAAUGCAUUAACAAAUGCGUAAUCUCAAUACUUUAAACCAUAUUAUCUCUCUGUUCCAGCAAAUAUGGGACCCUUUGUGUACAUGUAAUUUGUAUAAAGCACCUUUUAAUGCAUUAAUAUGCAUUUAAUGCAAUAAUGCAUUUAAUGUGUGCGCCUACAUAUACUUGUCUAUUUAAUCAGCCCGUUUUGCCUUGUAUCCGUAUACGAUCCUUAAUUCCAGUAAUAAAGUCACAAUCAGCGCA